CAAAUCAUUUCAUAAAGAUCUUUAAUGUGAUUUUAUUUUUUCAAUUAUUCCAUGACAUGAUGUCACAUCUCACACCCCAUCAACAAACGCCAACGUGAAUACACAUUUUACGUUUCCCACCUAAAUAACGGUUUUCGAAUUUAUCUUAUAAUGCUAAAAGCGAAAAAUGUCGAAAUUUUUUUAAUAUCACACAUACUUGCCAACAUAUUACAUAACAUACACACAUACAUUCAUAAAUAAAUUCAUAAUUAUUUGAAAACCAACCGCACUUUUGAAUUGGCUAAUUGCAAAUUCGAAUUGAAUUCCCUCAAAACAUUUAAUGAUGGCCAACCGACAGCGUCUAACGCAGGACAUUUGUAAUUUGAGUACACUAUGCAGCAAUUAUAAGAAACUCUCACCGACAGUUGAGUUUUCACCUUUGCAACAGCAACUACUCUGCCCCACCAACGCACCAAGCCCAACACCAAUGAAUAACGGCACAGCUAAAGCGGGAAAUGUAGCCGAAAACGAUGCGGAUGACAUUUUGAGUUUGCUAAAAAUGUGGCAAACGGAAGGACAAUUCAAGCAACUCAAAAUACGAAACUUUCUUCUAAGUGCAGUUAUUAAAAAUGCCGAGUGCAUGACGACGGAGCAAAGGCAGGAGGACAACAGCAACAAUGAGCGUUUGCGUGUGUACGCCAACCAAUUGGAGAAUGUAUUAUCCGUGCUACAGGCAUGCGAGGCAACUACGCUUAACUAUGGGGAUUUGCAAAAGUUACGCUACGACAUUGAGAUAGUCAAAGCGAAUGCUAACUGGACUAAUAUAAUUGUUGAUCGAGCGGAAGUGAAUAGUAAUAGUGUUCAGCUAUUAGCAACUGACAACAGCAGUGGUGAGGCGGCGGAUGUGAAUGCCAAUGCAGCAGUGGCAGAGAUGGGAGUCAAUUAAUUUAGUAUAUCGUAAUUAGUAUAU